AUGGCGCCUCUCGGCAGGAAAGCCGGCGCCAUCCAAAAAUCCGUCAAAUCGUCUGAUGCUCGAGAUUUGGAAGCCGUUGGCCCCAGAGUGUCAGAGACUCCGGACCUUGCCAACUCCGAAGUUGAUGCUGUCAAGCGUGCCGCGUCGUUGACCAAGGAUGAACUACAAUUUGCCAUUGAAGCAAGAGCUUCCGGGAUGAUUGAUCAUCUCGUGGAAAUCUCCAAACUCGCUGCCACAGAUGUCAGUUUGGAAGAGGUCAAGUCGGCCACUGAGGAUCACGACCAAUAUGUUGAUUCUUUGGGCAAGAAAGCAUCAGCGAUACAACUUAACCUGGACCGGUGCAAGACACUGAUGCAAUCGAGCGAUAAUUGGGCAAAGGACAGGAUCGAGGCCAAGAAGUCCAAGCUGGACGCGCUCAGAGCUGCGAAAGCACGACUAGAGGCUACCGGCGACUCGAACGAACAAGAACUCAAAGAGGCUAUUGCGCGGCAUUCAUCACGCAUUGAAGAAUUGGUUUCUGGUCCACCCAGUAAUGGAGCCCCCAACAACAAUGAAAGACCUGUGGACGUGCCCAUGUCUAUCGGCGACGACCAUUUCUUUGGCAAGCUUCUAGACAAGCUACAAGCAUUGGGCCUGGAGAUCAAUAUCACUGACAAUGGCAAGACCCUUGUCAAGUCUGCCCGUUACUACUCCAAUCUGUAA